AUGGCGGACCCACCCGCGGGAGAGCCCGAGCCCUCCCCCACAAACACCCAAAGAGGGGCACAGCUUUUCACCCGGGAAGACUUCGAACCGAUCGUGCCUCGAAAGAGAAGAAGCCCUCGCAAUAGAAAUAAAGCCACCACCGUUACUUACUCAAACCCUGAGUUUGGAACCUUCGAAGACAAUAACGGACGGGUAACGACCAAGGAGGUCCGGCAGCUCAUCAACAGCCUAAAGGAAAUCAUCACCCACCAGACCACGGUUAUCGAAUCCACCAAAGCCGAGAUCCUAGAGGUCAAGCACGACCAGAAUAUCCUCCGAGAUCAGAAUGAAAAGCUUCACGAAGAAAUUAGAGCUCUGCGAGAACGAAUUGAAGCCCUAACUCCAGCAGCCCUAACCAGGUCGUAG